AUAAUCGUUUUCGUCUCAAUGAUUUGUGCAGAAUCAACGAGUGAUGAAAAGUCUCGAAUGAUUUGUCUUAAGGGCGUUGUCUUAAAGGCGACGAGUAAAGAUAAACCGUAAACCCAUUCUUUUCUCUUUUUACUCCUUGACUCUACACUGCAGCCCAUUGGCCUAUCCAGAGUUCCAGACACCUCCACUCUGUUUAAUCCCCAGACACCUCCUGCCCUAGGCCUCUGGCUGGCUCGAGAAGCACGUCACGUGCCCGCUCAGCCGCGCCGCCGGAUCCAUGGGAGCUGCUGCAGCCUCCGCCGCCUUGCGGCGGCGUCGCCUCCCGACUCGCCGCCUGUUCACGACGUCAGCCGCAGCGAGGAGGAGGAUGAGACCAGGAGCAUGAUCGUGCUCGCGAGAGGAUGCCGGGCGGCAGGCACUGCCGCGGUCGAACUCGACGGGGGUCACGGGGCACGAGCGCGCCGCCGCGGCCGCCGCCUCGAGAUCCUCAUGUCGCACAGGCUGAGGCACGUGCGGACUGCGGAGAUCCUCAUGUCGUCGUCGGGCUAGCGAGCUACACCGAGCUGGCGAAAAGGAGCCUGUUUUCGGAAGGCUUGGUCCGGCUCGGCUCGGGAACUAACGAGUUUUCGGAAGGAUCGGCUCGGCUCAGCUCGGCUCGCGUCUAUUCCAACCCGUGCCUACAAGAGGGGAGAGACCUGGUGUUGCGUCGCCGCGCGCCCCCAUUUUGGCUUCUCCUCGCCCACCGACCUCACAACCUCCCCCUUUUACCUCUCUCGCCUAGAAACCGCCGACCACCGCCAUUGAAGCGUACAGGUGAUGGGCUCCUUAGGUUCCGACUACAGGCCCCGCCAUCUCGACCCGGACUACGUCUUCGAGCUCAUCAACAGCCGCAGGCCAGAUGACCUCUUUCAAUAUUUGGAUACCAUCCCCGGAGCAUCCGGUGACGCGCACUGCCUCAAGGUUCGCCAUGCCGCGAUCAUGUCGAUGCAGCCAAGAUCGUCGGGGGACGAGGACUCGUGGAUCCUGCAUUGUGCGCGAUUCGCUCGGUUUGAGGCAACAAAUAGCAGACUUUGUGCACCUCAGAUGGCUAGGAAUCCACCAAAUCUUACUUCAGAUGCAGGUCAUUAUAUGCAACGGCCCAAUUCAAGUUCAUAUUCUAGAAAUAUGCUGGCAACCCACGAACCUGAUAGUAGUGAGCUCAGACAUUCUGCCUCGCUUAAUCAGUUAUCUGCUUCUAGCUCACAAACUCCUGCUGCAACAUUUCCUCCAAAGCAGGCAAAUUCUAAUGUUGAUUACAGACAUGCUACAAUGGUCAAUCAGUUAUUUGCUUCUAGCUCACAAAUUCCUGCUGCAACAUUUCCUCCAAAGCAGGCAAAUUCUAAUGUUGAUUACAGACAUGUUACAACGGUCAAUCAGUUAUCGACUUCUGGCUUAAGGACUCCUGCUGCAACGUUUCCUCCAAUGCAUGGAAAUAGUAAUGAUGUGCUCUUAUCUGCUUCUAGCUCAAGAAUUCCCGCUGCAAUGUUUCCUCCUACUCAAGCAAAUUCUAAUGUUGAGUACAGACAUGCUGCAAUGCGUACUCAGUUAUCUGCUCCUAGCUCAGGAAUUCCUGCUGCAAUGUUUCCUCCUAUUCAAGCAAAUUCUAAUGUUGAUUACAGACAUGCUGCAAUGCUUAAUCAGUCAUCUGCUCCUAGCUCAAUGAUUCCUGCUGCAACGUUUCCUCCAAUGCAUGAAUAUUCUAAUGAUGUGCUCAGACAUGGUACAAUGCAUACUCAGUUGUCUGCUUCUAGAUCAAGGAUUCACACUGCAACAUUUCCUCCACUGCAGGCAAACUCGAAUGGUGACGUGCUGGAAUACUUGAUGAAAUAUCUUCUUUUAACUCAACAACUCAUGCUUCGGCAUAUGUUUCAUUGCGGGAUAAUUCUAGACUUCCUUAACAAUUCCUGUUUUCUUGCCCCAUUUACAUCAUUAGUUUGUCAUGUCACUUCUUCUUGACAUACGAAUUAACAAUGAAACAAUGGAGUUCUGAUGACUUGUAAGUUUUGCUUGUUAAAAUAAGUGACAAGAGUUGCUUGCUUUGUACUACCAUAGUAAGUCACAAGUCUGUUGUCUUGAAAUCUUGACAUGACAAGGAAAUAUUUGUCACUACUUGUUUAUUUGUAAAUGAUAUAUACUGAAAAUAUUGCCAACUAAUGAUUGAAGUACGACCUUUUGCUAUCUAGCCUGGGAUGUUUGGGAUUAACAAGAUGGAACUUGCUACUCCCUCCGUUCCGUAAUUCUUGUCUCAAAUUUGCCCAAUAUGGAUGUAUCUAUCCUAAAAGUCAUCUAAAUACAUGUAAUAUUUUGACCAGAAUUAUGGAACAGAGGGAGUACUAUUCUACGGUUUUACCAUCUGCUUACUUAACUGAAAGAGUGGAUAAGCAAUUGGGCAUGUAUGCUAUACAACAAAGUGAAUCUAUUUUACCAAAUAUAUGUAGACACCUAAUUACUAUCUAAGCACUUUUAUUCAACCUUGCUCUAAUUUCAGUCAUGUUCAAUCUACAGGAAUUAUGAGUUUAUGUUCAGAUAUACACUAUUUCUUUAUCUAUCUUUUCUAGUUGAAUAUACAGAAUGUCAAGCAACAGUAAAAAUGCAUCCUAUGAGAUCACAGGCACAGGACCAGACAAAGUUUCUUUAGUUUUUUUCUGGCAAUACUCUCUCCCAUGGCCAUGAGAUAAUAUUUCAACGAGAAGAUGAAAUCAAUUAUAUCGCUGCAAAAAUUUGGAAGGUAUCUUUCUCUAACAUUUUGUCUGUUGGU